CAGGAAAAGCACAUUCUAUAGGUGUUUUCUCUCCUCUCUGUUCCUAACUCAUUUCUCUUAUAUACAAACACUAACUUUUAAAAUUUACACACCUUCAAGAAUCAUAAAAAUAACUCCGAAGUUUUGUUUAGUUUUCUUGUCUUGAAACCUAAAGGAAAAAAAAGCGGAUCGAGAUGGGAUUAAGGAUGUCAGAAUCAGCUAAACCUUACUUUGCAAUGGUGUGUCUUCAGUUUGGAUACGCUGGUAUGAACCUGCUCACUAAAACCGUCCUUGACCGUGGUAUGAGCCAUUACGUUCUUGUUGCAUACCGCAACGCUUUUGCCACAGCCGCGAUCGCACCUUUCGCAUUUCUCUCUGAAAGGAAAGUGAGGUCAAAGAUGACGUUUUCAAUAUUCAUGCACAUAUUUGUUCUUGCUCUUCUCGGGCCUGUGAUUGAUCAGAAUCUAUAUUACAUCGGUCUGAAACUCACAUCUCCGACGUUUUCCACUGCCGUUAGCAACAUCGUGCCCGCAAUUACCUUUAUCCUCGCCACUCUUUUCAGGAUGGAAAAAGUGGAGAUGAGAAAAGUAAGAUGCCAAGUAAAAGUAGUGGGGGCUUUAGUGACAGUGGUUGGAUCCAUAUUGAUGAUAUUAAACAAAGGUCCGUUCAUCGAUUUCUUCCGAUCUCACCUUAACACCACCACCGCAACUUCGCCGUUGGCCGGUGAUUAUCUUAAAGCCGCCAUCUUCCUCCUCCUCGCUUCCCUAUCAUGGGCUUCCUUCUUCAUUCUUCAGGCAUCAACUUUGAAGAAAUACGCAGCCCAUCUCUCAUUAUCAACCAUGGUGUGUUUCAUGGGAACUUUACAAUCCUUGGCCCUGACCUUCGUAAUGGAACAAAACGCUUCUGCUUUGAACAUCGGUUUUGACAUGAACCUUCUCGCUUCUGCAUACGCGGGAAUAAUGUCGUCGAGCAUAGCUUACUACGUUCAAGGACUUAUGAUGCAGCGAAAGGGGCCUGUCUUCGUUACUGCAUUUAACCCUUUUGUCGUUAUCAUUGUUUCUAUAAUAAGCUUCUUUGUUCUAGGCCAAGGAAUCUACCUUGGAGGGGUUAUUGGACUGGUUGUUUUAACGUUGGGAGUCUAUGCCGUGUUGUGGGGAAAGCACGUAGAUGACAAUGGCGAUGAAAUACCCUGUGAAAAUAACGUUUUAGAAGCUGUUAAGUGUUGUAGUGGUAAUAAUGGUCUCUCGAUCAUGCCAACAAUCGACGAAAUUGACGAAGAUGUUGAAACUGGGAACGUUCAGACGGUUGAGAAGGAAGGAUCACUGGUCGUUGUGGUUUUUUGUCGUGAAAGUGUGGAUAAUGUUUCACGAUGCUAAUUAGAUGGUUUUGUUUUUGUUUGAAGCAAAACUGGGAAGAAGAGUAACUUAUUUUUGGUACUUGUAAGUUUGAAUUCCUUCCCUUGUUUCAAACGUGUUUGAUUUAUAGUUUUUGACUAUUUAGAGUAACUAUGGUUUCUAUGUAACAUCCAUUUUGAUAACUAGCUAUAAGCCUAUAUAUGUAUAUCAGUGCAUUUUGAUA